UUUUCUUUUUUACUUUUUCAGAAAAACACACAUUGCCACAGUUUGUAAUAUAUAGUGGCAUACAUUAGCUAUAUUAAUAUGAAAAUUUGACUUAAUGGUUCAUGUAAAUAUCAGCAUAUGGGUUCUGUUGAUGUAGAAACUAUUGUUGUGAAUGGUGAGAAUGUGCACCAGAAGGUUGGAGCAAGGGAAAGUGUAAAUAAACUUCAUGACUUAGUUCAUAAACUGGAAGAGGAGAAUGAUCUGCCUUCUCCUAAAAAACAUGAAAAUGGGUUUUCAGAACAUUUUGAGAGUAGUAACUCAGUUAGCCAUGACGAAAACAUGAACAAUAAUGAUCGGUGCUCCUUGGAAAAUGUUGGACCAGUUCAAGAGUUUGAAUUUGACACUGACCUUGAUUCUGAAGAUAGUUGGUUAUUUGAAUCUCCUAAGAAGUUCCAAACACCUGGUCCAUCAAGAAGUCCAGAAAAAUGGCUUAAAGAUGAUACUUCAACACCUGAACUGAUGAGAGUUCGAGGAUCGUUGUCAGCUAAGUUAGAAGUUAUCGCUUUUGAAAGCCGAAAAGGUCAGUAUCAAAAAUUAUCCAAUCGUAAAGACAGUAGCGAGGUUCGACGAAUUUCUAAACAAAAUAAGUUUGGUAGUAUGAACAGUGUGCUCAGCCUUGACUGGGAUUAUGAUGAAGCCAAAAACCGUUCGAAUUCGUUUAACAGGACUAACUUGUCAAAUGACGAACUAUCUAUCGGUUCAGAGCAUGUUAGCCUUGAAGACGUAACAAACCAUUAUCGACCAGAAGAUGACUAUGAUUCUGACCCAGAACCUCGUGCCUAUCAUGAUAUGCCACCUCAAAUAGCGUCGCAAUUACUGAAUCUUAGCAGAGACAGACACGCGUGGACAGAUCCUGGCCGUAAAACAAAAGCUGAUACGUCGAUUGAACGGACUUUUUCACUUGAUUGGAGCGAUGAUGAAGAAUUACAUCCAAUGCAAAUCGAUUUCAAUAAAUCAUCACAAAGUUCUGCCAGAAGUAGGAUUCAGGUGGCACCAAACCCAACUAUCGUGAAACGCGGUGGAUCAGGACUUGGUGUUGCUACUCCACGUGCUCGAGAAAAUUACGAUUAUGACGACCUUGUCGCUAAGCCCACUGGUGGUGUCAGACCAAGAAAAGGACCAACACGUGAUGACACAGAUUUUCGCAUGUCAUCACCUGACGAUGCAGAAUUCAGCGAACACGCACCUGUUGUACCCAGAGGAGCCAAAAGAGCCCGACAGACUUCACACACUAAACAUAGAAUCACUUUUGCUAGCUGUGACGUCAUAAUAGAAGAGGAUUUCCGCGCGUUCCGUGCCGUUGAUGUUGCUUCUCCUAGAGGUGUCGGUAACAUCGCCAAGCCAGUACAACGCCGAAAGGCACCCGAACAAGCGGAACAAGUGGGCGCAGUGCGUUUGCGCGGACCAGGGAGUUUUAAUAAUCUAAAACCACGUGGUCCAGGCGGUUUAGGGAAGUCACAUUCGGCGUCUGAACUUCAAACCAAGUCUGGAGACGCAAGUUUUAAAGUUAAUUUGCCUAAUUCAGGAGAAGGAGCCGUUAUUCGCAGGAGGGGACCAGCCCCUGUUCAAGACUCGAGUCCAUCUCCUAGGAGGCCAAAAGAACCGUCGGCCGUAGCACGAGUUCAAGGUAUACCGCAGGUCAGAAGAAGCACUGGCUCUCUACCUGUAAAAAGUGAAUCGGCGGCUCGUCCUCGAAGAAGUCACAGUCCAGGUAGCGGAGUUCCGAGACCUCGUGGCCAGGUCGUGACGCAAAGCUGGCAGGCGGAUUAUUAAAAAAAAUGCUGAGUGUGAGGGUUGGUCUGGCACACUCGAAACACACUCAACUAUAUUUAUCAAAAUUCAUUUUAUAAUUAUUCAAAACAUACCAAAGAAAGACGUAGAAUAAAUAUCAUUAAAUCUUGUUCGACUGCAAAUCGUGUCACAUGACCUGCUCACAUGACAGUAGAAAACAUGUAUAAUCGUGCUUUUUUUCAAUUCAUUUUUUAUACAUCGCUUUUUUUUCUACUACACUUUUACUUGUAGACUAAAAGAUAUAUUUUCAUUCUUGUACCUAACCACUGAACUUUUUGAACUGCUGUUUUUUACGUAAAAAUUUAAUUGUGAGCCGUGCACAUACUGUUGUGCAUAUAUCUUUAUUAUAUACAGUUGUUUACGAAGCACAAGUACCUUUAUUCUGAGCACUGCACAAUUUAAUUCUUCUAAAUGUUUUGCAAAUUCGUUGGCCUGAGAUGUUGUAUCGUUAUUAUUAAUACUUGGAUGAGCCUGAAAUGUUGUGUAGAUGUAUAAGGUUAGUAAAUAAUGAACCCUUUCUUGAAUUUUAUAUUUAUUGUUUUUUUAAGGAUUAGCUGUUCCUGCUUGUUUUUAAAAAAUUUUAGAUUUGACGUGCUUCUUAAUAAUUAACAUAUCUUUCCUCCUGAUACAAAAAACCGUGUAACUAAUUCAUAACGUUAUGAACUUAGCGUAAAGCUCUGAUAACACGUCAUAAAACAGGUACUUUAAGCAGCUAGAUAAUAAGGAUUGUAUAUUUGUGUUGGGCGAUCUUCAAAUCAUUGUUUUAUUUCAUACGAUAUCAUUUUUAUUUUAUUCGCGCCUCAAAUAUAAUAAUUGUAAAUAAA